AUGGAAGAGUGCUGGCCAUACAGUUGUGGCAGUAGUGAUGAGAAUGUGGCUGCUUGGCAAAUAAACAGGAAUAAGGAGAAGAGAAAAGAGGGGCAAAAAGCAGAGGAAUUAGAAAAGGAUGAAGAGGAGGAGUCUUACCUUACUUUGGAGGUUCUGGAUGUGUUUAAGAGGCUUGUUGACAUAAAAUGUCCCUUCCUUGAAGGUCUUCAUAUUACUGAACUGAAAACAAAAAAACAGUUGCUAUGUAGCCCCUCAAUGUACCGUUUGACCAUUCUGGAAUGGUUGUUUGUGAGACUGUAUCCACCCUCUGAAGAAUUAUUUUCCACUUUUAAGGACUACGAAGCUGAAGAGAAAAUAUUAGAACUGGUUAAACUAGGUAAUGAAUUGAUGUUGUGUGGACCAGAUGAUCAGAAUCUCAUAAAAGGUUAUAGCAAUGUCAAAGAACAACUCUGUUUCUUUAAACAGUUACUGCAUUUGGCCAGCAAUCUGGACCCCGGACAUGCCGACUUCUUCUCAAGUGCAGACAACUUUCACAACUUAGUGAUGAACAAUGAGAUGCUACUACAUAAGUUGUUCAGUUCAAAUGUCCAGCAGAUCCUGAACCCCCAACUGAGCUCUUUCCCUUUGGACAUAGAGUGCCACUUUAAGACAAAGAAAAAGCUGAAGUCAAGCAAGAACAAGGUGAAAGAACUUUCUCAGAAACUGAAUGAAUUCAAUGAAAUGCUUGAAGACCUCAAAGAAUUUGCAAUCCUCCAAGGGAAAAUGCCCAGCAAAGGCAGCAGCAACAACAUAAGUCAGGCUUUCCGUGUAACCCUCUCUGAUCUCCACCAGCUGAUUGUUGCCUUUUUCCAUGUCUAUGAAACUGAAUGGCAGGAACAUACUAACCGCCCAACCCCUAAUAUCAACCCAUGUGGCUCACAAUUUCACUCUGUGUAUGAGAUACUCACUCUCUACAACCAGGAACUGAAAGCUAUCAGUGAAGUUAUUAAUACCUCCAAGAAUGUAGAGAAAAUUGUAAAAGGACAGAAACCAGAGAAAGUCUAUGUGGCUAGAGAGAACUACAUGAUGUCUUUGGCCUCAAAAAUGGAAAAACUGAGACAAAAACACAAGCUCUUCCAAGAUCCUCUACAGAAACCCAAUGAAAGCUAA